AUGUGCUUGAAUUGUCUCCACAACACUGACGGACAUCACUGCGGAGAGUGCAAAGCCGGUUAUUUUGGCAGCGCCAUUCUGCGCAAUUGUCGCCGUUGUACCUGCAAUGAUCUGGGCACCCUGCAGUCGCACUGUACAAGGGAUACCUGUUACUGUGACAGGGUGACCGGGCACUGCCCCUGCCGGGCGAAUGUCAUAGGGAAGAACUGCGAUCAGUGCGCCCCCAACUACUGGAACUUUGGAGCGGACCUGGGCUGUGAGCCGUGCGCCUGCCUGCCAGAGCACUCCCUGAGACAGGACUGCAAUGUGUACACAGGACAAUGCCACUGCCAGCCUGGGUUUGGAGGGAGAGUCUGCUCACAGUGCCAGGAGAGAAUUUCUGGGGUGAUCCGAAAAGAAGAUGCGAAGCCUGCAACUGCGAUGCGUACGGUUCAGAGAUCCGGCAGUGCGAUCACCGGACAGGAAUGUGCCGAUGCCGGGACGGGUUUACCGGGCAGCGGUGUGACCAGUGCGCCAGAGGCUUCCGGGACAAUUACCCCAGGUGUUCGGCCUGCCACCAGUGCUUCUACCAGUGGGACGCCAUCAUCUCCCAGCUCCAGAAGCAGCUUCGGGUCAUACAGAAGAAAGGUGUCCGACCUGCAGGAUGGAGUGGAAGCUCCUGAGCUCAGCAACAGCCUCAUCAAAGAGCUGGAGGACAAGCUGAGGAUCAUUAAACAGAUCAUCGGGGAGGGGACCAUCGAAGGGACCCGCAUGCUGGAGCAGAUGAAUAAGCUGGUCAACAAGAUAAGGACGGAGGUGGCCCAGCUCUCCUUCAAACUGCAUUCCCAGGAGAAGAGGAUGAAUGACACCAUGACCAAAGACCAAAGGCAAAAGGGGAAGCUGGGCAAGCUGACCGCAGAGCUCAGCCUCCUCAACGUGACCGUGGAAAAGCUGAAGACGCAGAUAGAAGCCAUCGCAGCCUCGGGCUUCAACGAGACAUACGGGAGCAUCCUGAAGGCCUACUUAGAUUCCACAGCUGCCGAGAGACUUGCCAAUGACUCUGUAUAUGGACCUGAUAGUCCCGUUAGCCACUCAAAGGAAACACGAGAUGAGACAGAGAGGCUUCUGAAAGAAAAACUGGACAGCUACCGAAGGAACAUGACUGCCCAUCGGUCCUCAUUGAAAGAACUGCAGAGGAAGGCCAAGGAUCUUAACGUCUUUAAAAUCAAUGAGAAGAUUUGUGGAGCACCAGGGGACAAGCCUUGUGACCAGGCUCCAUGUGGUGGAGCCAACUGCAAGGACGACCAGGGCAAGAGGAAGUGUGGUGGCGAGAACUGUAAUGGAGCCCUGCCAAUCUCAGCAAAGGCCCUCGUAUCUGCCCAGAAUGUCAGGAUGGACCUGGAAAACAUGGCUACUCAGCUGAAUGACAUAUCUGAGAAGAUUCAAGAAGUCCAAAACGUUGCCCAAGAAGCCAAGGUGCAAAGUGAAUCCACCUUGAACAAAGCCAAGGACACCAAGCGGAAAAUUGAAGACUCUACUGAAAAACUACGAGCUUUCAUUAAGAAGAUUAAAGAUUUCCUAACUGAGGAAGGAGCUGACCCAGAGAGCAUUGAACUGGUAGCAAGGCAAGUGCUGAACAUCUCACUCCCGGCCAGUUCUGGAGAUAUUGCUGCUCUCAUCAACCAGAUCACAGAGAGUAUUGGUAACCUCAGUGGGGUGGACAUGAUCCUCAACGUUACAUCGGAGAGUGUUAAUGCUGCCAAGCUACUCUUGGAGAAAGCAAUGGAAGCCAGAGAGAGGGCUGACGGGGUGAGCGGAAACAUUGCCGAAACAAAAUCUCUGCUGGACGAGGCUGGGAACAAAGCGAAAGUGGCAGAGAAAGCGCUCAAUGCCACCAAACAAAGCAUCAGAAGGUUGAAGAACACCAUGGACAAUUCCUUGAAAAACCUUACACAGGUGGUGGAAAAGGAGAACUCCAUAAUGGAUCGCUUGACCAAGCUGGCCGCAGAGGUAGAAGCUUUAAUGAAGAAAGUAGAAUCCAACAGACAGAAGGCCAACGAGGCCAACCAAAAGGCCACAAGGCUAUGCUGGCCACAGACGGGCUUGACAAGGAGAUGGAAGAGGUCCAGAACAACUACAGAGACCUGAAGGACAAGGUUGGAGGAGUGGACACCUCCUCAGGGUCAGCCAUGCAGAAAGUACAGCAGAUAAAAGACGAGGCUCAGGACUUGCUAAAGAAAGCGACGGAUGCCAAGGAGAAGCUAGAUAAGCUUGGACAGAAGUUCAAAGACAAUGAAGAGGACAUGAACAGGAAAAUGGAGGAACUUCAAGACCUGGAGAAUAGAACGAUGGUUUUACUGAAUAUAAUCAGAGAAAAGUCCAAUGUCUAUGCAACCUGUUAG